GUGACUCAAUGCUAAUGUGUAUUUUAGGGUGGUAUAUAUGCAGUGACGCUGGUGGACUGGUACGCAUACUUUCCUUCUAUCGCCAUGUUCGCCAUGUUGGAGUGCAUUGUAGUUGGCUGGUGCUAUGGAACUGAGAGGCUGCAGGAAGACAUCACCAGCAUGUGGGGACAAAGACUCAAACGGUUUAUGGCCAUCGGUAUCAAGUUCGUGUGUCCUUUACUUCUGUUUGUGGUGUUCUGCUACUCUCUGUAUUCCUACCGGCCACCCAAGUACGGGGACUACAUCUAUCCCACAUGGGCAACAGUUGUGGGUUGGCUCAUAUCUUUGGCUUCACUCCUACCUCUACCCGUCGUCUUCAUCUGGACCAUCGUUAACAGACAUGAAACAACGCUUAAACAGAAACUAAAGAAAUCUCUGGAGCCCAAUGAAGACUGGGGUCUGACAGCCCGACAGGAGUGUUCCAGUGGAGUCUUACAACCAAUGGUAGAUGGUGAAUUAACACCCGUCUAAUCAGGAGACAUGUAUGUGAUUUGGUGACAACUUACAGAACAUUACAAAUGAAUUGAGAAGUGUGAAAAUGUUCCUGAACAUGAUUGGUGCCAUGACAUUUGCCUCAACGUUACUGAUGCCUGUAUGUUCUACUAGAACCUUACUUGUUAAUGAUGAAUGAAUGUUCCCUCCUAAGGGUGAGUUAAUAGUUUUACACCGCACUCAGCAAUAGUCAAGCUAUAUGGCGGCGGUCUGUAAAUAAUCGAGUCUGGACCAGACAAUCCAGUGAUCAACAACAUGAGCAUCGAUCUGCACAACUG